GGUCGUAGCUAGACUUUUUCGACGGUACCUGAAUGCAGCCAAGCCUCGCUCUGGAAGGACGUAUGGCGGGAGAUUUAAAUACUCGUUUCUGCCUGUUGACUGCCUACUUUAACUGUAACCAAAAGCAAUGAAUCAUAUAAGGAACAUAAAGGAAAUGCUCAGCAUCCCAACUGGAAGCAGGAAUGUGGCCACCAGUGGCUUCUCCAGCUUCACAGACUCUCAGUUAUUCUUCGGGUCUCAGUUUUGGCCUGAAAAUUCUCAGGGCACAUCUCAGGAUAUGAGUUUGUCAUCCAGGACCUCCCAGCAAAGUUCACAAGAGGGGAGUGACCCAAAGUUUUCAAGCAGUUAUCACACUAAACCUCUCCUGUUUGGAGAACUGAAGGACAAAACCAGAGCUUUUGGGAUACUGGAUAAAUUUGAAGAGGACAAGAAAAAGGCAAAAGAAAAAAAUGACAGUGAUCUUUUUGCCAAAGAAUGUCAACAUACUAGAGAAACUCUCAACAAUAUCCAACAACUGGUCGGGAGAAAUAUUGCUGUGUGCCAAACUGUCCUUGAAAAAUUUGACAAUUUUGCAUCGACAUUGCAAAAUCAUCUGAAUGUUCUUCAGAGUGACAUUUCCCAGCAGUUUGAGACUCUGGUAAACACAGUGAACUCCCAAAAGGAGGUGAUGACAGAGCUGGGGGAAAGGGUGAAAAAGACUGGAGACACCACAGCAGAACUUGGUUCAAAUCUGCAAAGCUUAAAGAGUAGUCUUGAGAGUCUGAGAGAGGAACAGCAGAGAGAACAAAACAUGCUUGAAGAGGCCCUGAAGCUGCUCAGCACCCUAGUCUCAGAGCAUCCAGCCAAACUCAGUCCUAAGAGAGUGAUUGACAGCGCCAUCCAAACGUUGCCAGGGCCGGAUCAGUCAUGCUCUAACAUCCUGCAGGACAACAAGCUUGAAGGCACACAGCUUACAUGUACAUCGUACAACCUUGAACACAACCAGGUGGAAGUUCCUCCUCAGGAUCCCAGCUGCAGCAUUGGAGAGAGGAAAUUCAUUCUCAAAGGCCAUAGGAGGCGGAAAAAGAGACCGCUGGUGCUCUCACAGAGAAGUAAGUGCACUGUCCCAGAUGAAAACAGUCAACCUCUGAUGAACUGUAACAAACAGCAGAGAAUUUCAACACGUCUCCGUGAGCUCCAUGAUCUGAACACAGUAACCAGCCGGGACAGUCUUAACCCAGACUGCCUGAUACCGCUGAAUAGGGAGAAGAUGUCCAGUACAGCUUCGGGAUGUCACAUCACCCCUCUCAGCUGCUGGUCUCAGGACAGCAACAGCUCUGCGUGCCUCGGAGGAAUCGAAUCCAUCUUAGAGAACGUGACAGCUGAGUCCAAGAUGGGGACCCUGGUGAAACCUGAAGGCUUCUGGCAGUUGUUUGACGUGGACUGUGAUUCGGUGAUAGGCUUUUAGAGGAUGUGUAAAGGACUCAAAACAGUGUAGUGUUCUGAGUUUUCUUAUUUUUUGGAAAACAGGGCAAUAAAAGCCAAAAAUGUUUCUCAUCA